AUGAAUGUACCGACAACCGCAAAGGACUUACUUUUGCUAUAUGCAAAGGAGCCCUGUGCAUCCAGUUCGCUGAAAGAGGAUGAGUCUGUACCUCAAAAUUACCUUUCCAAACGGCACCUGCUCUUCUCUCGCUUUGACGAAGGAAUACAGUUGACCCCUGAAAUGUGGUAUUCCGUGUGUGCUGAGUGCUUCGCACAUACAAUAGCAAAAGUGCUUAGCAACCAUAUUCAACGCAGAGGAUAUGUUCUGGACUUAUUUGGGGGUGCUGGAGGGCAGGCCAUUGGGUUUGCUUUAGAAGGCCACAGUGUUCAUUCCAUAGAAUACAGCGAACAGCAUUGCGCACUUAUCCACAACAAUGCUCGAGUUUACGGGGUCUCACAUCUAGUUUUUCCAGUUUGUUGUGAUGUAUUUACUCAAGCUCUACGCUUUUGCACUUCUGGGGCAACUCCACAAAAGUAUGACUGUGUGGUUCUAUCUCCACCGUGGGGAGGUCCUGGAUAUUGGCGGAACGGUGAUUUGGACUUCUGCAAAUUGAGAAUAAAUAAGUACAAGGGAUCGCAACUUGUCAGCCUUAUGUGCAGACUGGUAGAUUCAGGAAUCAGUAAGAGAUUUAUUCUCCACCUUCCACGAAAUACUACUACCCGUUCUAUCUAUUCUGUUGGUGCACGAGUUGCGCGACAUAUUUCCAGGGUUGCAAUACAGGAGCUGGGUAGUACCAAAGCCGAUUUCUUAACAAGCUCAGUGAUAGUAUCCGAAAUGCAAUUAAACGGUCGUGUUAGCUUCCUUGCCGUUUACAUUGGUUGUUGGAAUAAGAAAUUGAUCAGGGACAUUGACAACCAAGCAGUCUUGUUCACACCGUCGGACGGCCAUAGUAGCAGAGUUCCCUGUGGCCAUCUCGUGUGA